AUGUUACUCUCUUUUUUGUUACCAAUCUUUUGGAUUUUGGAAAUCGUCUCCCUACAACAUUUAGCCGUUGACUUCACAACAAAUGUAAUCCGAUCCAUCGCGGACGACCAUGGUGGACACUUCACCUGGUGGAUCUACAACCUGGAAGCAGCCGACGAUAGUUUCGUCAGCGCACUCCUGCAAGCUCCACACUUUCGAUACAUCCCCCGCCAGGUCAUGAGCACGACCAGUAUGACUGUGGUGGAUCCCCUCGAGCACGCUCCAUCGCUGAUCGUGAUUCGCUGCCUGGUUUGUGGUCGGAGGAACGACUGGGAACAUCUCAAGUACGCCAAUGUGUCGGUUGAGACUAGAUUCCUGGUGGUUUAUCAAUGCAAAAGUCGGGAUGCAUUCUAUCUGAUGCAAAACGUGUUCAAGAGGCUCAUGCUCAUCAAUACGGUUUUUCUCGAUUUGGAUGAGAACCUGUUGAUGUACGUGUUGCUCUUCAAGCAAGAACUGGUUCUGGUACGGAACCUCGAAAUUUCACCUUCAAAGCUGUUUGUGGAUCAGGCCCGCAACCUGAACGGACGACAGGUCGCAAUAUCCAUGACAGAUCCAAAGCCGGAAACGACCGUCUUUCCUCGAUAUCGAAUUAUUGGUCGCGACCUCGCGUGGAUCAAGUCUACGGUUCUACAUUUGAACGGUUCAAUAAUGCUUAGUAUCAUUGAUUGCAGCCAUUACUCAAGUGCUGAAUGUGCUUUCAAGCGGCAAUAUCAGUUCAAGAACAAAACAAUGUACGACAUCUGUCUGGAUCCUACGUAUGCCACUCGAAUGAAAUACUUCUUCAUCGACGGAGUGGAACCGGAUCGUUCGGCCAUUAUGGUCCCGGGCGGUCAAAGAUUGACCCCGCUCGAAGUUUUCAUCGUUCCGUUUCACCCGCACGUGUGGGUGAUGCUGGCCCUACUUUUCGUUGCCUGUUGGGCACUAGUUCUGUUCUACGCGGACACCUUCAUCAACGACCCAAUACUGGCUGCUCUGAGUGGAAUUGAAAGAAGAAGCUUCCACCUUACUGGAAAGCCGGAGAAGCUGCUCAUCCUCAUACUCUCAAUCCUCUUCUUCAUCUUGCUCCAAGCAUACGAGACCAAGAUCAUCGCCUUGAUGACCAGCUAUCCGUACAUGUCAGACCCUCGCGACCUGGAAGAUCUCGAACGAUUAGGAAUCAAAGUUCGUUACAUCGAAGGCAACUCCAAGUACACCUUUAGCAACAAUGCCCAGCUGCAGAGUCUGAUCAAAUCUGUGACCAGCCGAAAUGUGUCGGGGGUCUUCAAGUACGCAGUUAUCGGAGAGGAAAACUACGUCGGGCUGAUCAUCAGUAUUUCCAGACAUAUCUACAACCGUGCUGGACGAUUCAUCGUACUGAAGGACUACCAUCUGGGACUCGCCAUCCGGCAGUACUACAUGGCCCAGCGGAGUCCGCUGGCGAAGGAGUUCAAGCGCACUCAGCGGAUCUUCUUCGAGGUUGGACUGAGCCGGUUCUGGAUGGACCAGCCGUCCGGUGACAAUGUGUCACCCUGA